UGGCGCCUUUAUGUCAAAAGGGACAGAUGGCCAAAUUUGCAGAGCACUAUCCUUCAAUUCGGAGGUCAAGAAUAAAGUUUUAGCCAAUCACACACUUCGUACUAUUAAACCAAUAUUUGGUGCCGAUAUGUGCACGCAUCAGUGCUUCAUGGAGCCUUUGUGUUCMUCRGUCAAUUACUGCCACAAAACGGGACAAACACKAGAUUAUUGUGAGCUGAUCGACACCGACCAMUCACGACAUGGUGCAGAUAUGAUUGACAUGGAUGGAUGCUCAUUCUACGACACUAAGACUGACUGUGCAAGUAAUCCAUGUCCUGCCAACGCUUCAUGCUCAGCUGACUACGAAAUGGAACCCUCAAAGUUUAAAUGCAUUUGCCCCAAAGGUUACGAAGGAACAUUUUGCGAAAAAGAUAUCGAUGAGUGCAGUACAAACAGACACAAUUGUCCUUCGGAUAGCAAUUGCAUCAAUACAAUUGGGGGAUUCAACUGUACUUGUGGGUGUGGAUUUCAAUAUGAUGGCGAACAUUGUGUCGAUAUAAACGAGUGCUCGUCGGACAAGUACAAUGUAACCUACUGUGAUACAUGCACAAAUCGACCUGGAARCUUCGAAUGCACAUGUCAACCAGCUUGGSUUGUGUUAUUCGACUUUGAGACAGGCAUGCAGGGAUGGAGUACGACUGGAACAGCAUUUGAUACUCAACCAACGUAUAAGGACAAUACAUUGAAAAGAGGAAAAGGACCUGCAAAAUUGAAGGGAAAUUGGUGGAUAGGUGGAUAUGAAAAUCGUCCAAGUCCUGAUGAUGAGUAUGGGAGGACAUACGGCGAUAGCCAUAAGGGUACGAUGACGUCACCCCCCUUUAUAAUAAGGGGACCUGAAUUACGAUUUCUGAUUGGCGGUGGGUGUACUUAUAACCAUUGUAGGGCCGAGCUAUUAAUUGGCGAAAAAGUAGUUCGCAAGGAAAAGGGGGAUUGCUCCGAAACUAUGUCUACAAAGUACUGGAAAAUCCCGCGGUGUUACCAUGGCCUAAAAGCCCGAGUUCGAUUGGUCGAUGAUUACAGUCGGGGCUGGGGGCAUAUCAAUUUUGAUCACCUCGAAGGGAAUUUUUGCUCAAAUGCUUAGUAACAUUAGCAAUAUAUCAGGGUAGAUCGAACCACCAGGGAGGCGACGUUUUUUAAYAGGGAGUUAUAAAUGAAAUUUUACAGAAUAUAAAUUGUCCAAUGAUUGGUCUUGACUACAAUAUUAGAGAUUGUACGCUUUGAUUGGCUGAUGCCGAGUGGUUGUAGCUCGCAUCACCAGUUAUUCAAACCAAUUCAGUCGUUAUGUUCAAUKCGCAGUAUUUUAUAAAUAUCACAAAUAAGAACAAUUAAUGCAUGCUUAUAUGUCGCCGUUUUAUUAAGCGUGGAUUUCACUAGCGCAUAAGCAUAGGCAUAAGCACGAAGCACGAGAGUCAUA